CUUCCAUCCUUCCAUCUUGCUCAUGUGUCACACUGCGAUGUUUAUCUGACGUUUGAGGCCUGUUUUGGCGUCCGCAGAUGCGAGUUUUUGAGACGUUUUGAAUGACUAUUUACCGCAAAUGUCCCGGUACGACCCCAAAGAGAGGUUUAGGUAUCUGAGGGAACUGGUGACGGAAUUUCAGGACACCAAGUCAGCGGAGGCAAAAGAGCAAGUUCUAGCCAAUCUCGCCAACUUCGCCUACGAUCCGGUGAACUACGAACAUUUCAAACGACUGAACAUCGUGAACCUUUUCAUAGAUCAGCUUGACAGUAGUAGCGAUGCUUUGAAAGAGUACGCCAUCGGCGGUAUCUGCAAUCUGGCUUCAGAUCAGUCAUUUCGCGCUGAAGUUGUCAAGCCCGAACACAUUGCAAAGGUGGUUGACUGCUUAUCAAACUCGCAAGAGGAAACUGUGCUUUCGACCAUUACUACACUGGUAUACCUUGGAUUGUCUGGUUGCAAAUCAGACAUCGCGACUCCUUCCGUGAUCGACUGCAUGUUGAGGUUUUCCGAGUCCACGAACCAGAGACUGAGCAACCUGGCAAAGCUGUUCCUCGAAGACAUCUGCAGCCCCGAGCAGAUUAGUGCAACCAGGACGGUGGCGGCCUGUUCGUCGUCAUCAUCUUCGUCGUGAUCCCAGACGCGAGAUUGUAUAGACUCGAGAACGUGGCCAGACACGGUUUCGUAAAAACGCCGCAGCGUGGAAGGCUCAGACGUUGCGUAAGUCAGAUUUAUUCGCUGGCCGCCAUGCGCUCGAUGGGAAAUAAAGCUUUAUGGUGACUGUA